AACAUAAUGAGCUGCCAGGGACAGACAGGGGAGGGGGAGAGAGAACAUAAUUGCUUGCUUUACACAGCUUGUAGGCAGGCAGACAGUUUAGGCAGAGAUACACAGAAGAACACUUAGAGAGAUUGAGAGGAGGCACAAAAUAAAGAAAAAGAGAAGCAAGACAAAAGGGAAACAAAUCACCAACAGCACAAAAAAUGGAUCCCAACAAGAUGCCAAACGCCCCACCACCAGGCUGGAACCCAGAUGAGAAGUCUGGGAUGGGACAACCAGCUCCUCCACCCUACCAGGACCACCCCCAGUACCCCAACACAGGAUACCCUGUACCAGCAGGCUACCCCGCCAAUCCCCAGGGCUACGCACCACCGCCCCAGUAUGGAGGAGCUCCUGGGGCCCCUUACGGACAGCCAUACCCCCAGGGAGAGUACCCCCAGUCCACCGUCACAGUCCAGCCUACGGUGUUUGUGACCCAUGGAGCUCUGCCUUACCCUCUGCCAGACUACCUGGGCUACUCCAUUUUCACCAUGCUGUGCUGCUGCCUGCCACUUGGCAUCGCUGCACUUAUCUACUCCAUCUCGACUCGAGACGCCAACAACCAGGGUCACCAGCAGGUUGCUGAGAGGAGUUCUCGUCUAGCACGGAUACUGAACCACUCCGCCCUGGGUAUCGGCAUCACCGUCAUCAUCCUGUACAUUGUCUACGUCGUCAUCCUGGCCAAAAAUAUCCACUGAUCUGACACCUAAACACCGGCUUGCACCACAGCCACCGCUUCUCUCAACCCCAGCCCCCAAAAUCAUCCUGAUCUUGACCACAUAAAGUCGGUGCCAGUUACAGGCACUUUCCAAAGAGAUACAUAAUGCUGUUUAUUCAUCAACAUUUAUGACAUGCUUUUUUAAAAACUAUAUAUCUAAUGACUUACUUUUUUAAAUACCUGCAGACAAGAUAGUUUAAAUUGUUAAUUCAUUUGCCUGUUUAAUUUUAAGUUUAAUAUACAUAAAUAAACAACAAAUGAUGGAUACUGAUAGUUUUUUGGAAUAUUUCUAAUAAAUGUCUAAAGGAUAGUGUAUGUGUAUUCACUGUGUAUGGAUAAGUCAUAUCAGAGUUUAGAGACAGAUUUGACAAUGUUAUGAGAAUGCAGCAGAAAGAGACUAUUCUUAAAGUCUGAAAGGACAUGUAUUACUGGUUGUCAUUACACAGAGUGCCAGUAAGGUUACCACUCACAAGAAUAAACAUUUUGCAACUCAA